AGCCUUCAAAAGCUCCACACAAGUGAACAGCAAAUCACAACUCAUUUGACGAUUUAAUUCACUAUUCAAUUGAAUGCAAAAGUUUUGUAUAAAAGUGUGUUUGCGUUGAAUUAGUGUCACAAACAGUUGAUCCAAAGCACAGACCACUUGAGCACCACUUUCUCAUCACAAGUUGUAUUCAAUUCAUUGGAUAUUAGUUUCCAAUUGUGAUCACAGUUUUGGAAAUUGGAUUCACUUCCUGAGGAUAUCUCAGAUCUGUUGAUAUAUUAUCUGUUGUUGUGGUUCAAGAAGUGAUUGCUUAGCGAUGGCACCCGAGAGGAAGGUUCCGGUGUUGCGGUCAGACAACAACCUCAUAGACACAGAGUUCAGUUCAAUUCGCGACCGAUUCGAGAGUGAGAUGAAGAAGAUGGAGGACGAGAUGAACCGAUUCAGGGGUCAACUCAUGGACAAAGAGAGCUCACUCUUCGGCCCCAACUACACGUCGAGUGUCACCGAAAAGAGGUCCUCACACUCGACGAGCUCGGCAUCCGAUGUGCGCGACUCCAAGGGUCGGGAACUGACCUCUUGGUUGGAUGACCUCAACUCACCACUCAUUCAGGACUCCAAAGACGGCAAAGUCUUGAAACUCCGUUUCGAUGUCACCCAAUACGCGCCCGAAGAGAUUGUCGUCAAGACUGUCGACAACAGACUUCAGGUUCACGCGAAACACGAGGAGAAGAGUGACAACAGAAGUGUUUACAGAGAAUACAAUCGAGAGUUCCUUUUGCCCAAAGGGACGAAUCCAGAACUGAUCCGCUCAUCCCUGUCGAGAGAUGGUGUGCUCACAGUGGAGGCUCCCGUGCCGGCCAUUGAGGGCCAGAGACGUAUUCCCAUCGACAAGAAGUGAACACAAUGACAGCACUGAACAUAAUAUG